UCAGUUCUUCUACGGUCUAUGGUUGAACCGGUGGACAAGGAGAUUGGGGAUGACGCAAUUUUACGCAGCCUAUUAGAUGGCCUGCCAGCUAAGUUAGCCAAUAUUUUCCUCAAAAUUAUCACAGCCUGAAAAUUUUGAAAUAAAAGACUAGUCAACGGACAGCUUACCAUGGCCUCUCCAAAAAAGGGAGACCUCUCAGCCGCGGAGAAGGAGUUAUUUCAGGUUAUAGCAGCAGGGAAUGUCCAAGAAGCUUCAAGGUUGCUUGGAUGCAAAGAUGUACGCGUCAAUUGUUUGGAUGAGUAUGGGAUGACGCCGCUCAUGCACGCCGCGUACAAGGGCAAGGCCGACAUGUGCAGGCUGCUGCUGCAGCACGGGGCCGACGUCAACUGCAACGAGCACGAGCACGGCUACACGGCCCUCAUGUUCGCCGGGCUCUCAGGAAAGACCGACAUCACCUGGAUGAUGCUGGACGCCGGGGCCGAAACGGACGUGGUGAACUCGGUCGGGCGGACUGCGGCUCAGAUGGCGGCGUUCGUGGGCCAGCAUGACUGCGUGACCGUGAUCAACAACUUCUUCUCCCGAGCAAGACUGGAGUAUUACACAAAGCCCCAGGGGCUGGAGAAGGAGCCCAAAUUACCUCCCAAACUGGCAGGACCCCUGCACAAGAUCAUAAUGAGCACUAACCUUAACCCUGUCAAGAUGGUGAUGUUGGUGAAGGAGAAUCCCCUGUUAGUAGACGUGGAGGCUCUGGAAAAGUGCUUCAGGGUGAUGGACCUGAUCUGUGAGAAGUGUGUGAAGCAGCAGGACAUGAACGAGGUGCUGGCCAUGAAGAUGCACUACAUCAGCUGCAUCCUGCAGAAAUGCCAGGCCUUCCUCAAGGAGCGAGAGGACAAGCUGGACGGUCUCAUUAAAAGCCUGUUGAAAGGACGUGACAGCGAUGGCUUUCCCCAGUAUCAGGAGAAGUUUAUCCGUGAAUGUAUCCGGAAGUUUCCAUAUUGUGAUGCGACCCUGCUUCAGCAGCUGGUUCGAAGCAUUGCACCUGUGGAAAUUGGUAAUGACCCCACAGCCUUCUCCGUGCUGACUCAGGCCAUCACGGGCCAGGUGGGCUUCAUGGAUGCCGAGUUCUGCACCACCUGUGGAGAAAAGGGAGCGGAGAAGAGGUGCCUGUCCAAACUGCAAAAGCAGGUGAUUUACUGUGACCAAGCCUGCCAAAAGCUGCACUGGUUCACGCACAAGAAGGUCUGCAAGAAACUCAAAGACCAGUGGGAAAAGCAGGAGGCGGAGUCAGCCAAACUGAUGGAGAAAGAACAGAAUGCCAAAGACGAUGAGGCAGUAGAAGACACAACUAGCUCCUUGCAGGACCUCUCUGUGGGACAAGAGGAAGGUUCACCCUCUGGCUCCUCCCACCUACAGGCUGACCCAGAAGUGUCUGAUCCCCAGUCAACCAAUCAGGUUUAGAUCCACUCAUAUGGAGACUUGAGUCCUGCCCACUAAUCCCCACACACCUGCGUGACAGUAGCCCCAUGGAGGAUGAUUGGCCUGCACUAAACAGCAGAACUAUCCAGUUUUCUGGGUCACACUGAGGACAUUUUCAGCUAACAGGACUCCCUGAAACUUCCAGACUGUUUCAUACUGUGGGGAACAUGGCAAGGGUUUGCUCCAGUGCUGAUGGGAAGUUGGCACUGAAGCAUUGCAACUCAUCAAUACUGUAUAUGAGGGAAGAUCUGAGUCAAACAGAGAAUGAACAUUAUCUCUGCUCAGUCAUUAUGGUUUAGUUUGUUUUUCACAUUAGUGGCUUACAAACUUAUAAAUCUGGCCAAUAAUUUAGGUAUGUUCACUGUGUUUGUUGUGUGGCUGCUGAACUGAGUGUAUUAGACACAGUUUUCAAUGUAAAGUGGGCUUGCUACCUGAAUGAGGUUUGUGCUUUUUCCAACACAUGUUCCUGUGGGAUAACGUGUGAUGACAGUUUACUGGUCCCUUUUGAAGGUAGAUAAUUUAAUUAUGAUUUACAGGUUCUUGCAUAAAUGCAAAGGUUACUGUACAACAUGGAAAUGAUAAAUAUCUGAUCAUGUAUAAAGCAAAAGCCAAUGCAUUGCUCUUUGCCAUUUAUCUUCAGUAGCCAUUCGUUUGAACAUUUCUUAUUUGGCCGAAUCAUAAUUGAAAAUCCAGUAAUGCACUGACACAAAGCUAUAUAGCUACACCCAUGACCUUCGGAUUAUGUAGAUCUGAAAAUGUAGAACAUUAAUGUACAAAAAUAAUUAGACAAUCACGAUCAAUGUACUUAACUGUGCAGAUGUGUCUGGUGACUGGCCAUUGUUAAUAAUAAUAUUGGAAAAUAUUUAAUAUGUGGAUAACCAAUAAAAAAAGAUUUCUAGUUUA